CUGCCUGACAUGGCGGGGGUGGAGAAACACCGUUACACACACAAACAUGCAAACACACACACACAUGCUCGCAUAGAGGGAGGGAAGGAGGGUCUCAGCGCACUCGGUUCUCACUUUUAAUUACUUCAUCUCAAACUUGGAUCAACUUUAUUUUUGGCUGAUUUUUCUCUUUAGUUUCUUCAUCUAAGCUCACUUUUCGCUCUGUCAAACCCUGACCCUCGUGCGCUGCCUCGAGCGGGCGGGCAGCCGGUUGACGCACGAGGAGCAACAGGAGGUUUCACGAGCGAGUCACACCGGGAACAGGACGGAUUUAACAGAGACGCUCAGAGCACACUGAAGCUCACUGAGUCUGUCUACUCUUUCAGCAUCCACCCGGUGCGGACUGGACCCGCACUCCGGAAUACCUGCACUUUGAGCGGUGUCCUGCAGUUUGCCCUUCAUCAUGCCUCUCUCAGUGCGGAGUGUGUGUGGGUGCUGCAGCCUGAUCCUGGUGCAGGUCCUGGUCCUGGUUCAUCCUGGGGCAGGAUACAAUCUGGAUCAGGAACACAGUCUGGAGUUCCGUGGCCCCCCCUCCUCCAUGUUUGGAUACUCAGUCCUGCUGCAUCACUAUGGAGCUCACAAUUGGUUGGUGGUUGGAGCCCCAGUUGCGAACUCAUCCACCAGUCCUUUGGCUCAGUCUCCUGGAGCUGUUUACCGUUGCGACGUCACUGCUGAGACCCACCAAUGCCACCCCAUGCAUUCUAAUGUAUCGAGCUGCGGAAAGACAUGUGAAUCAGACAGUAAUCACCAGUGGCUGGGAGUCAGUCUGUCCAGACAACCUGGAGACAAUGGUGGACACGUCCUGGCAUGUGCUCACCGCUGGAAGAACGUCUUCUACUCAAAGAAAGACAGUCAGCACCACAAGCUGCCCAAUGGAGUAUGCUUUAGGUACAACAACGACCUGAGACAUGCUCAUCCUAUCAUCCCCUGCUACAAAGAUCACCAGAGGAAGUUUGGUGAGGAUUAUGGUUCAUGUCAGGCUGGUAUUUCCAACUUCCUGACCGAGGAUCUGAUCAUCAUGGGGGCUCCGGGCACAUCUUAUUGGACAGGUUCAGUUCUGGUCUUUAACACAACCAGUGGAGGGAUGUCACUGUACUUGGAUGAUGAAACUGGAGCUGUCAGCUUUGGAAGCUACCUGGGCUACUCUGUAGGAGCCGGUCACUUCCUGAGUCCUGUUUCUGUAGAGGUGGUGGGUGGAGCUCCGCAAUACCACCAGAAGGGCAAGGUUUUCAUCUUCACAGUAGACAGAAGCAUGCUGCGAAUUGUCUCCGAAGUGUCUGGAAAAGAGUUGGGAUCUUACUUUGGCUCCAGUGUGUGCGCUGUAGAUCUGAACUCUGAUGGUUUAUCUGAUCUGUUGGUUGGCGCUCCUAUGGCAACAGGCAUCACCAGGGAAGAAGGAAGAGUCCAUGUAUACAUCAACCAGGGGCAGGCAGAGCUGUUGGAGGCAGAGUUUCAGCUGACUGGCAGCGACGCCUAUGCUGCCCGGUUUGGAGAGACCAUCGCCGACCUGGGAGACUUGGACGACGAUGGUUACCCUGAUGUGGCCAUUGGUGCCCCACAGGAAGACGACCUAAAAGGAGCUGUCUACAUAUACAAUGGCAGGAGAGAGGGCAUCUCACAGACUCCAUCUCAGAGGAUUACUGGAUCCACCUUGGGUCGUGACCUCAAGAUGUUCGGCCAGUCACUAAGCUCUGGCAUUGACAUCGAUAAUAAUGGCUAUCAAGAUGUGGCGGUUGGUGCGUUCCUCUCUGACUCGGCUGUUGUUCUCAGGACCCGUCCAGUGAUUCAAGUCAAGGCAUUCCUGGCUCUUCCUGAGCAAAUUGACCAACAGGUUGUGCUGUGCAGAGAACAGAAGAUUCCAACCGUCUGCUUCAAUGUUACUGUCUGCUUCAGUGUCAUGUCCAGACAGUUCAAAGGAGCUAUAGAUCUUCAAUAUAAUAUGACCGCUGACCUCCUCCAUAAGCCAUCCUUCCCUCAUCGUUUCCAUUUCCAUGGUAACGGGUCAUCCAAUAGCACAAGGGGGCAUGUGAGAGCACGACCUGGACAGCUCACUUGUGCAACUCACGUGGCAUACCAAAGGAAGGAUGUCAGGGACAUUUUCACUCCCAUCGUGUUUGAGGUCUCCUACAGUCACAGGGAUACAAACACCCAAAGAGCCUCUCAGAAAACUUUCCCUCCAUUAAAACCCAUUCUGCAGCAUAGCGCGGGACACCAGAACACCGUUACCAACCAGACUUGGUUUGCUCGAUCCUGUUCUUGGGUGAACUGUUCAACCAACAUGCAGCUGUCAGCUGCACUCGUGCUGCCACACCAACAGGAGUACUUUGCUCUUGGCUCUGGAGAGACCAUUAUGCUGAAAACCGUGCUCCUGAACUCUGGAGAUGAUGCCUUCCUGCCACGACUGACUCUGCGUUUUCCAAACAAGAUCCACUACAUUAAAGUACUGCAGAAUGACAACAUGGUCAGUUGUGAUGUCACACAGGAAGUCAACAGUACAACAGUGGGUGUUGACUGCAGUGUCACCGGCCUUCUCCUCUUAGCACACGCCCAGUUGAAUAUCAGCUUUCUGCUGGACGUUAGCCAGAACAGCACACCUGGUGACAUCAUGAUUCAAGUCAACACCAGCAGUGAUAACUAUGAGAGAGAGGAGUAUCUCCAUGACAACUCCAUCAGUCUCCCUCUUUCUCUCAAAUAUGGAGUCAACGUAAACAUCCAUGGUUUUGUGACUCCCUCCUCGUUUGUGUUUGGAGAUGAGGCCUUGACUCCAGUUGAUUGCUAUGCUGAACGAUUCAACUACACAUACAGGGUGCUAAACUCUGGUCCCAGCAGGUCUGUAGAUACUGUGGUUGACAUUGCACUACCGAAGAUCCUCACACCUUACCGACACAGACUGCUGCAGGUGGUCGACUGGCAGUCAUCUCACGGUGUGUGUUCAAUCAGUAACACAACUGUUUCAAUCAUUGAGGACUGUGACGUCCCGCAAGCUUCCUUCAUCAAGCAGCUCAUCUUUUUCUUCUCCUCCACCUCCACUCGCAGAAUGUUUUGUGGCCGCAAUGAUAAACUGUGUGAACGUUUGGUGUGUCGCCUCGGUGACCUGGAGGUGGGGAGAGAGGCCGUCAUCCAGCUGGAGAUCAGACUAAACCCUGCUGUUCUACUGCAAGCUCCGGGUCGUCAUGGUAUCAUGAGGAUUGAGAGCACCGCAAUGAUGUCAAAUCCCCGAGAAGAUUCUCACACCAUCCUCAUUGACAGACAACUAGCAGCAGAGGUGGUGGUAGAAGCUCUUUUUACUCAGAAACCUUCGUCAGUAGUCCAGGUCUUCAUCAUCGCCAUGAGUUUAGUUUUGGGUCUGAUGAUCCUGGCUGCUCUCAUUUGGUGUCUUUGGAAGGCUGGUUUCUUUAAGAGGAACUUCGAGAAAAAGAAGGAAGAGGAGUUCAGGAGAGACAGCUGGGACUAUGUUCCAAAAAAUGCGAAAAGAGAGAGCACUUCCUAACCCCUGCCUGUCAUCGCUAGACUGGGCUGUUGUGUAUGAUGGUGUAUGAUAAUAUGGCCACCCAAUUUAUUCAAAGCAGUAGAAAGCACUGCCAUAGAACUUCAUUGGCCAAUGGAAUUUGUCCAGUAUCUUUCAGAUGGUUUGAAGCCAACACUUGAAACAAGUCAUCUUAACUGGAUGGUAAAAUUUGUCAAGUGAAUAUCACCUGAACACACCUGAAUCUGCCUGAUGUGCCUUCACAAACAGAGUCAAGUUCAAAAAGACCUGGAUGAGUGGAGGAUUAAUAAAAAAGGGAAGUGAACCUGAAACAAUCAAAUCUGGACCGAUUAGAUAGCCUCACAGCUUCCAAGGAUGUGGCAUCACCAGAGACACUGUUAUUGAUGACCUCCGUUAAGAAGAAACAUACCAAAGGAAGCGACUUUCUGAUGACCUUCGAUCUCAGGGGAUGGAAACCUGGCCUCUGAUUGGCUCAUAAAUCAGUCUGUGUGCAUUAUAUUUCUACCUUUUUGUUUACCUGCUGACAAAAACUUUAUACACUGGUGACACAAUGCAGACUCACUGCCUGUGUUGUACCAUUUGAAGCCUGUUGAACCUACCGAUGCUGUCCAGACAGAAGUGGUAGUCAACUAAUGGCUGCUGGGGUCUGCUGGUCCAGGGAGUGGUGAUAAAAUUGCUGUCUUCUGUGGGUUGAUGCGGACUGAUGCUGGCAACAGUCAGUGUGGGUGUUUUAAUUCAUGCCUAAUGUGAUCACUGUGUUAUGCCCUUUAGCCUGUUUUCACUCUUGGGCUUGUUAUUUUGAACUUUUGUCCCUCUGAAGGCCCAGUCACACCAGCACUAAGUGAAAUUUAGCUGCAGAAUCAUAUCAAGUCAACAGAUUUACAGAGCUGAAUACUGGGAAAAACUAAAUCUGUGCAACAGCAAGCCACCUGAACACUGUCAAGAUAUACACUUCUCCACAAAGAGGGUAUGAUGUGCAGAAACUUAUGAGGCAUAAGGGUGAUGGUACAAAUAUGUUUUUUGUCUCAUUCGUAAACCAUCAGUGAGACAAUACCUGACAGUUACAGUUGGGGAGCUUUGUCCCAUCUUCAAUAACCCUUUCCUGAAUUAAAUUAUGCACAAUCCUGAGAACCAGUAUCUGGUUCUCCUCAUCUCCUCUCCUCUGAAAUGCAUUCAAGGGGUUGAAACAUCUUUGAUAAUGACAGACCUCGACCAGUUUCCUUGACUCAGGGAAGCACAGUUACCAGAAUGCAAAGCACCCACUAUCUGAAACCAAAUAUUUUGAGGUUGUGCGGAUGGAUUUUGCUGUCCCACUUCCUGGUGUGACCAUGCAUUAACCCUGUCAUUCUGAUUUCACACUUUUACUCACUGUCUUUCUGUUCUGUUGUCUGCUUGGGUAGUCCAACAUGCAGCUGUUUACCACCACUGAAAGGAAACAUUUGACAAAAAUGUAGCAGAAAAUGGGAAACUGUUUUGAUGUACGCAGAAAACUGUGAAUAAUAUAAGGUCUGGCAUGACUGCUUUUAGGUGUCACAAGAAAAAAAAAUGAGUGAUUCUCUUUGUCCCUAUAGGGAUACAUAUUAUGUGACAUCAAGGUAAGGUUUGAGUGGUUUUUGCUGUUCAGACAUUAGUGAGAUAUUUUUGAUGUACUUUUACUCAUGACAAGCCCACAUGAAUGUUCUUUCUGUUACAAGUCUGAUUAUAACAGUGAAAUUAAUUUAUAGAGAGCUUUUCAGGAUCCUGAAAAAUGCUGUAAAUUGCAAUAAGUGAAAAAAAAGAGAACCAGAAAGCUGACUGGUAUAGUUCCUGGGUCAACACUAUGGUUUGUAAAAAGCUUCAGGGUGACCAAGGUGAACUGCUCCCAGAUAUGGACUAAACAAUCUAACUUGUUGGGUAAGACAGGUAGAUAACAGAGCCAGCAACAUAUUGAGCCACAGGAUUGAAUGAUGGAAGAGUACUUGAAAAUCAGUAUUUUAAAAAAUGUUUAAUGUAUUUAAAAUACUCAGAAGCAUCUUUUUAACAGUCUGUGAAUGCAGACAUUUAAAACAGCUGUUCCGCUCCCUUCCAUUGUAUUUAGAACAAAUGUAUAUCGCACAGAAAGGUUUUUUUAGUAUUUUAAUAAAUUGUUGCUCUUGUUUAUAACGUUGUUCUGCACUGGAGAAUCUCACUGCUUUUAUCAACAAGUUUCUAUUAAAAUGGAGGAUUUUUAUUUAAACAA